CUUACCAUUUAUGGAAGACAACUAUUUUUUCUCCAAUUAAUUUUAAUGGGUCAUAUAUCUUUCGUUUAAGUUAUAAUAUUUUUCAUAGUUAAAUCAGACUAAUCGUGCUAUUCAAAAUUAUAUCAACUUUUAUAUUUAUUUUUAUACAAAAUUCACUUGUAUAGUCAUGACUAUCGACUUUGUGACAAUAAUAACAAAUACACAAAAUGUCCAGAUGUUGAAAACAUAUUUGACAAAUUUAGCCAUUUUCGUUAAAAACUUUAACACCGUUAAGAUUUCGUCAGUUACACUAACAAGAUGCCGACGAGGAUGUCAUCUUGAUGCACAAGUCAGUUACGUACCAUGACGAUAAUGCUUGGUAGUACGUAAGAUGAACUAGGGGUGGAAGCUUUUUUUUCCCCAGAUUGCAGGUGCACAGAAACCUCACUAAACUGCGUAUUUUGUGAAUAACCAUACACAUGGUAGAUAGUUGGUUGAGUGUGGUUAGCAAAAUAUUAACUUUUUUUGGUUAGUGACUAUACAAGUGAAUUUUGUGAAUACACGGUGCAUGGAUAUGGUUAUUCGCCCACUUUGUGAAUAACCUUACCCAUGCGCAGUUUACUUGUAAAUAAAUAAUCAGAGGUAUAGGGAUAAUCGUAGUCAUUCACCCACUUUUACAAGUGUUAGAUUCUAAUCCGAACUGUACUAGGAGAACGAGUAGAUUCUAAUCCGAUGAGGAGUAGGAGAACGCAAACAAAGGCGGAAGUCUCUGAUACAAAAGGGUUCACUUUCCCAUCAAAUCGUCUGCUACUCUUCCUUGAGCUCUCGCGCGUUAUUCGAGUUAUUGAGAUGUACUGGUUCUUACCGCUUCUACUUUGCGGCUCUCUCUUAGCAACGCAUCUCAGGCAGCAACGCCGAGAUGCUUUGAAAGCAAACAAGCUUCCACCACCACCCCCGCAGCAGCAGUUCCCCAAACUGGAAGACGACCUCAUGGUGGAAAUUCUGGUUCGCAGCUUCCCCGACCCGAGAUCCGCCGGCCGCUGCAAGCUCGUCUGCAAGCGGUGGAGGAACUUAAUCGCCGGCACCCGCUUCAAGCACCGCUUCGCUUCUCGCCACCAGUUUCUCCUAGCCCGUGGGAUUCUCUCCAUUCCCAGAAACAAUAUCACCGCCGGUGAGAAUCAGACAUCGAGGUGUUGGGCUGAAUUAAUAUCCUGGGAGCCUCGUGCCUUCAUCUACCACAAUUUCCUCAGCAAGACGGAGUGCGAGCACUUGAUCAGUCGGGCCAAGCCUCAUAUGGUGAGGUCGAAGCUUAUUAGUCUCGAUACUCUGACGAGCAUAGAGAGCAGCAAACGUACAAGCACACAAGCACCUGUAGGUUCGAGCAAUGUCGUUAGGGACAUUGAGAAGCGGAUUGCUGAUUUCACCUUCAUACCUGUAGAGAAUGGGGAACGUCUUACUGUCGUUCACUAUGAAGUCGGGCAGAAACUCGAGCCCCACUUUGACUACACCGGCCCGCACGAUUACUACACCAAGACUGGGGGAGCACGCGCAGCUUCUAUUCUUAUGUACCUGUCGGAUGUUGAAGAAGGUGGCGAGACAGUUUUCCCUUUUGCAAAACCAAUCGAUUACAGUAGCAAGGAGAAGAAGAGAAAGAGAUUAGGGCUUUCGGUGAAGCCUAAGAUGGGCGAUGCAUUGGUUUUCUGGAACAUAAAACCUGAUGGCAAUGUGGAUCCUUACAGUGAGCAUGCUGGUUCUGCUGUGAUUAAAGGGGACAAGUGGUUAGCUCUUAAUUUUAUGCGAGUGAAAAAGCGUAAGGUUCAGAAUGGAUAGCCUUGGAGUUGGUGUUGCUGCCAUUGAUGAGGAGAACUGUACGGAAACGUUGAUUCUUGACGCCUAAAACUUUUCAUGCAUGUUCUAAUCUCGGAGUUAUCAUUUUGUUGUUAUUUGAUUGCAAGACAAUGAUAUAAAACUCCACAGUUAUAUAUUGACUUUCAUCACAUCAAAUCUAUGGAUCAUUCGAAUAUAAAGAGACAAGUUUCUUACGUCACAAUGUGAGUUCAAAUUUUUGUAUCUCAAACAUUUUUGUAUCAAUUACGCUUCAAGGGCUUAGGGAUCUCGCACUGUCUUCAGACAGACACCACAACAACACAGAGAGCAAUAGCUUUGAUUUCGCGGCAGUUCCUCUGCCGCUCUGAGACGGAUCUUCUCCAGAAAACCAUCCCGGAAUUCGGGUUCCAGGCAUGCUCAGGUUUCUCAAGUUCCUCGAGCAAGAAGCCUGGAAUGGAAGUUAGUAAAAUGCAACUAUGUUAAAAUAUUAAGAAUACCCAUUUCAGGGUGCUGCUAUAGUCGUUUGGUGGAUGGUUUAUAAGAUAGAGACCAUCUCAAAAUAACUAUCAACUGCACAAGUUCUAAACAUGAAGAUUAAUUUCUCCACUAAUCAAUAGGUAAGCACAUAAACAAGCCGCUUGUACCUAAAAGUAAAACCAACGGUAUCCUGGGGGAUCCAGAGAGGAACAGAACCUGGAGUGAUGAUCUACAUGCUACCACAGCGUCCUGGAAGCUCUAAGGGUAGAAGCUACCAUGAAUGGGGAACACCGUUUCAGUCCUUCUGGUGUUUUUUCCGAAAUUCCAUUUUCUUUCGAUUUUAGAGGCUAUAGAUCACGGAUUCAGCUCGAGGCUAUUCUCCACCGAUAAUAAAGUCUAUUGAUCUUAUUCUGAGCCGAUGAUUAAGUCAAUUAAGCACCGAAUUGGGCCAAUAUAUUUUGGGAUGGCAUUUUCGUAAUUAUUUGAGCGAUGUUUUUUUUUGAAAGACCAUUUUCCUUGGAUUUUGAAGGAUAAAGUUGGUGGAUUCGGCCUGAGGCUAUUCUUCAACGACGAUUAAGUCCAUCCAGGGCCAAUUUUGGGGGAUUUCUUCCGGGUCCAUUUUUGGCAGACUCCAAAGGGGUACCAUCACAGAUUUCGGGCAAUUUUUCCGAAAUGCCAUUUUCUUUCGAUUUUGGAGGCUACAGAUGACGGAUUCGUCUCGAGGCCAUUCUCCAUCAAUAAUAAAGUCUAUUGAUCCUAUUCUGCGCCGAUGAUUAAGUCAAUUAAGCACCGAAUUGGGCCAAUAUAUUUUGGGAUGGCAUUUUCGUAAUUAUUUGAGCAAUUUUUUAUGAAAAACCAUUUUCCUUGGAUUUUGAAGGAUAAAGAUGGUGGAUUCGGCCUGAGGCUAUUCUUCAACGUCGAUUAAGUCCAUCCAGGGCCAAUUUGGGCGGACUUCUUCCGGGUCCAUUUUUGGAAGACUCCAAAGGGGUACCAUCACAGAUUUCGGGCGAUUUUUCCGAAAUGCCAUUUUCUUUCAAUUUUGGAGGCUACAGAUCACGGAUUCGGGUCGAGGUUAUUCUCCACCGAUAAUAAAGUCUAUUGAUCCUAUUCUGCGCAAUGAUUAAGUCAAUUAAGCACCGAAUUGGGCCAAUAUAUUUUGGGAUGGCAUUUUGGUAAUUAUUUGAGCAAUUUUUUUUGAAAUGCCAUUUUUCUUGGAUUUUGAAGGAUAAAGAUGGUGGAUUCGGCUUGAGGCUAUUCUUCAACGACGAUUAAGUCCAUCCAGGGCCAAUUUGGGCGGAUUUCUUCCGGAUCCAUUUUUGGCAGACUUCAAAGGGGUACCAUCACAGAUUUCGGGCGAUUUUUCCGAAAUGCCAUUUUCUUUCGAUUUUGGAGGCUACAGAUCACAGAUUCGUCUCGAGGCUAUUCUCCACCGAUAAUAAAGUCUAUUGAUCCUA